GAGCUGGUCUCGCCAUUCAACCACAGCCCCAAUUCUUCCCCGAACCUCUGGGGAAGCUCAAGAGUCCGUCUGUAAUGGCAGCUCCCGAUGCCGCACCUCCACUCCCCAAGACCGAAUCCUCACUCUCCUUCACCCAAGGCCUGCUCCUCGGCCAACUCUCCAUCGUUCUCCUGCUCGGCGCAUUCAUAAAAUUCUUCAUCUUCGGGGACCCGCCGUCCGCAGACGUAACUGCCUCUCUGCGCGCCACCGAACGGCGUUCUCGCACUUUGGCACACAAACGCUCUCUCCUCUCCCUCCGCUCCACCUCCACUCCAUCUUCUCAAACUCGCACGUUGCAGAAAAAAAGGUCUUCGGUGCUAAGAAAUCCUCCACCUUUGACGACGAAUACGAUACUGAGUAAGACAUAUUAUAACGUUGAUGCACAUCAGCCGGAAAGUCUGGAUUGGUUCAAUGUGCUGAUUGCCCAGACCAUCGCACAGUUCCGUUCAGAUGCACAACACGAUGACGCUAUUCUAACGUCUCUUACGCAGGCCCUGAAUUCUAAUUCGAGGCCUGACUUUCUGGAUGAGAUUAAAAUCACGGAGCUAAGUCUUGGGGAGGAUUUCCCGAUUUUCAGCAAUUGUAGAGUUAUUCCUGUGGAUGAGGAUGGGCUUGUGUUGGGCGAUAUAAGGAAAGGGGGAGUGGGGGGAGGGGAAAGGGAGCAUGGGAGGUUGCAGGCGAGGAUGGAUGUUGAUUUAUCGGAUUUCAUCACCCUGGCUCUGGAAACUAAGCUCUUGCUCAACUACCCGAAACCGCUGGUUGCUAUUCUACCCGUUGCUCUCGCGGUAUCUGUUGUGAGGUUUUCGGGGACUUUGUCAAUAUCUUUCGUUCCCGGGACAGCAGGGAACGCUACCACACUCGCUUUUAGUUUUCUCGAUGAUUACCGACUCGAUUUGUCGAUCCGGAGUCUUGUAGGAAGCAGAAGCCGAUUACAAGAUGUUCCUAAGAUCGCUCAAUUAGUAGAGCAGAGACUGCAUAUGUGGUUCGACGAACGCUGCGUUGAGCCACGCUUUCAACAGAUCGAGCUACCUAGUUUGUGGCCAAGGAAGAAGAAUACUAGGGGUGGGGAGGAGGGAGUAGGAGUCGAGAGGGAGAGUUUGGGCAGGGCGAAAGGGAAGGAGGUCCAGAGAGAUCUGAGGGAGGAGGCGAGGAGAGAGGUAGAGGCGGAACAGAGGGCCAAGGUGGAAAGUGAGAGGGUUGAGGCGGAAGGUCUCAGGUGGCGGAGACGUGCGAGGGGCGAGGAGUAUGCGAUGCCUGGGAGCAUGCCGGGUGGGUUGGGGAUGACUUGACUCAAUCGAAAUAUCUCAACUCAUUUUCCUUCAUGAGCUUUUGGUGAUGAAUUCUGAAUAGCAACGAGUGUCUGCUAAGUUUCUUCCG